UGACGUCUUAGUGACGCUGGCAAGGUCCUUUCAGCUACGGGAAUCUAACCGCGACCAAAAGGGUCUGUUCUGGAUUAUAUGGAGAGGUAGCCUGUUUUUGUUUUUUCACAGCUGAUGUGCUCGUGCAUGGAUUAACCCCUCAGGAUUGGAAAAAAUACAGGUUGCCAACGUUUUGCUGUACAUCUGCAAAAGAAGCUAAGUACUUCAAUUUUGCGAACAAGCUUUGGAGAUCGGCUAUAUCGGACUCAAAACCAAAGCCACCUUGUACAGGUUUUCCACUGGGAAUGAAAACAAUUCUGGUAAAGGUCAGCAAGAUUUGCUGCUAGUUUCCAGCUAUUUGGAUAACUGCCUAAAUCGUAGCAUGUCCUGUGCCAUUAAAAUGGAUAUGCUUUAGAUUGCCAUCCUCUUCAUUGGUUGUAUGAUGGUUAAUUCCUUUAAAUUCCAUUAAAAUGACCUAGUGACGGAGUGGGACAAUGGUGCAGAAGACUAAGGCAUGUCCGCGACUUCUGGACUACCUGGUCGUCAUUGGCGCUAGGCAUCCUAGCAGUGACAGCGUAGCACAGACCCCAGAGCUACUGCGCCGUUAUCCACUAGAAGAUCAUGUGGACUUCCCUCUCCCGCCAGAUGUGGUAUUCUUCUGUCAGCCAGAGGGUUGUUUAAGUGUGCGACAGAAGCGUAUGAGCCUUCGUGAUGACACUUCAUUUGUUUUCACACUCACAGACAAAGACACGGGUGUUGUCCGGUAUGGGAUUUGUGUCAAUUUUUAUCGCUCGUUUCAGAAACGAGUGCCUAAAGACAAAUCAGAAGGUAGCAGCAGCCAUCGCAGCCGUGACAGUCAAAAAGCAGCAAAAGGUGGGGACAGCUCAAGUGCACAAGAGGAAACUGGGAGUGAAAGCUCAGAGAGCGGGUCUUCACUGCAUAUGCCAAGUGCAGAAUCCACCCCAGAUAUUAACCGUUCUCCUCGGGGAAAGCGAAAUAUCAAAGGUGGACAGAGGUCUCGGAACAGCACACUAACUUCUUUAUGCAUCCUGAGCCAUUAUCCCUUUUUCUCUACUUUUCGUGACUGUUUAUAUACUUUGAAAAGAUUGGUGGACUGCUGCAGUGAAAGACUAGUUAAUAAGAAAACUGGGAUCUCCAAGGGUGUGCAGAGGGACACUAUGUGGAGAGUAUUUACUGGAUCUCUUUCUGUGGAAGAAAAAUCUAGUGUUCUCUUGCAUGACCUCCGUGAGAUUGAAGCAUGGAUAUACCGUUUGCUGCGCUCCCCAGUUCCAGUUUCCGGACUCAAGCGGGUUGAUGUGGAAGUGCUGCCACAGGAGCUCCAGCCUGCCCUCACUUUUGCUCUCCCAGACCCCUCACGAUUUAUUUUAGUAGACUUCCCUUUGCACCUUCCACUAGAGUUGCUUGGAGUGGAUGCCUGUUUGCAGGUUCUGACCUGCAUAUUGCUGGAACACAAGGUUGUUCUGCAAUCCCGAGAUUACAAUGCCCUUUCCAUGUCCGUCAUGGCAUUUGUUGCUAUGAUUUAUCCACUGGAGUAUAUGUUCCCUGUGAUUCCUCUUCUCCCAACCUGCAUGGCUUCUGCAGAACAGCUCCUACUGGCACCUACCCCUUAUAUUAUUGGAGUUCCAGCAAGUUUCUUCCUAUACAAAUCUGAUUUCAGAAUGCCAGACGAUGUGUGGUUGGUGGACCUUGAUGCCAACAAGGUGAUUAUGCCAUCCAAUGCAGAAGCUUUGCCUUGCCUUCCAGAACCAGAAGCUUCAGAGCUAAAAAAGCACCUUAAGCAAGCACUGGCUAGCAUGAGCCUUAAUACGCAACCCAUUCUUAACCUGGAGAAGUUCCACGAAGGCCAAGACAUGCCACUGCCCCAGGGGAGGCCCAGGGAUGAUCCCGCAUCCACACCUUCAACAGAGUUUAACCCUCUCAUCUAUGGUAAUGAUGUGGAUUCCGUCGACAUAGCCACAAGAAGUGGCUUCGAUGUCUUUGAUCCAGCCUUGAUUGGUGACAAGCCCAAGUGGUACGCUCAUCAGCUGCAGCCAAUUUAUUAUCGUGUGUAUGACAGAAAUUCACAGCUCGCUGAGGCACUGAGUGUGCCUAUGGAAAGGGACACUGACUCUGAUCCCACUGAUGACAGUGGAAGUGACAGUAUCGACUAUGAUGACUCCAGCUCAUCCUACUCCUCUUUGGGUGACUUUGUCAGUGAAAUGAUGAAGUGUGACAUCAGAGGAGACACUCCAAAUGUUGAUCCACUUACUCAUGCAGCCUUGGGAGAUGCAAGUGAGGUGGAAUUUCAGGAUUUUAGGAAUGAUAUUGAUGACCAGGCUAUGGACAGUGAGAAUUCCCUUGAAAACAAUCAGCCUCGCUCUAGUUCCAGCACAACUGCUAGCAGCAGUCCCAGCACUGUCAUACAUGGGGUUAAUCACGAAUCGGUGGAUUCCACAGAGGUCGAAGACAAAGUAAUGAGUGGAUUCCAGAAUCAUGUGCCUCCACUCCCUCUUCAGAACUUUACAAAAGUGAGUCUUGAGCAACAUGGGAGUGACAGUGCUUCUUCAACUGACAGCUUGGGGAAGAAACGUGAAUAUGACAACCCCUACUUUGAGCCACAGUAUGGCUUCCCUGCGGAAGAGGAGGUGGAGGAAGAGGAGCAAGAAGAAAGCUACACACCUAGGUUUAAUCAGAACAUAAACGGUACCAGGCCUCAGAAGCCACUGAGACCAAGCAGUCUGAAGCUGCAGAGUGAUUCUGAUGUGGAGUCUGACUCUCGCGCCAGCUCUCCAAAUUCCACAGUUUCCAACAACAGCAGUGAAGGGUUUGGGAGUCUAAUGUCAUUUGCAAGCAAUUUGUAUAAAAACCACAGCACCAGCUUCAGUCUAUCAAAUCUGGCACUGCCAAGCAGAACUGGACGAGACAAGAACAAUCCUUUCCCUAGCCUGAAAGCCACAAUUCAUGAAUUGAGGGAUUCACAGACCCACAGCACUUCUUCACAUGCCCUUUUUAUUUUCUUUAUUACCAGUGAGAAUCAACAGUUUCUGAAAGAGGUGGUACAGAAUGUUUUGGACGGACAAGGUGUUGGCUGGUUAAAUAUGAAGAAAGUCCGUCGGCUACUAGAAAAUGAGCAACUACGAGUCUUUGUUUUGAGUAAACUUAACAGAGCCAUCCAGUCUGAAGAAGAUGCACGCCGUGAAGUAAUCCGGGAUGUGGAAAUUAACAAGAAGGUGUACAAGGGCAUGUUGGAUCUUUUAAAGUGUACCGUGUCCAGCCUGGAGAACACAUAUGCAAAUUCUGGCCUUGGUGGGAUGGCUAGUGUCUUCAACCUGUUAGAGAUAGCCCACACUCAUUAUUACAACAAAGAACCAGAAAAAAGGAAAAGGAGCCCAACUGAGGGAUUUUCACCCACACAAGUGGGCAACAAAGAGAUUUCUGUUCCAAGAAUGGACACUAAGCCGGUCUCCCUCCUGCAAGUACCUCAGAAACUGCAGCUGCCAUCAGCCCCUAGAGGGAAGGGGGCCAGGGAGUUUGACACAAGGAGUCUUAAUGAAGAAAAUUUUAUAGCUUCCAUUGAAUGUUGGAACAAGCACCAGGAAGUGAGAAAGCAAAAAGCUAUGGAAAAACAGAGUUCAGAAGGUCCGAGGAACUUCUUUGACUCUGGAGACACAGAGGAGAAGAAAUCGCAAAUUAGUGCAGACAGUGGCCUCAGUAUAACUUCAGGAUCACAGAAAAGUGACACAGAAUCUGUAACCAGCUCGGAACCGCCAGCCCUGACAAGAAGCACAAGCCAGGAGUCAGAAGCCAGCACAGUGGUGAGCAACAGUUCCGGAGAAACCCUAGGAGCAGAUAGUGAUCUGAGCAGCAAUGCAGGAGAUGGUCCAGCAGCGAGGCUUGGUGCCAGCUUGAAACUAUCCCGUGGCACGCUGUCAGACAGUGAAAUUGAGACCAAUUCUGCUACCAGUUCAAUAUUUGGUAAACCACAUGUGCUGAGAUCAAGUGUAAAUGAAGUUAAAGGAAGCAGCCCUGGUCGGGUUCAAGGCCCAACUCCACAGGAAGACCUAAGUCAGCGAGUGUACCUGUUUGAAGGACUUCUGGGGAGAGACAGGGCAUCUGUCUGGGACCAACUUGAAGAUGCUGCCAUGGAGACCUUCUCUCUGAGUAAAGAACGCUCCACAUUAUGGGAUCAGAUGCAAUUCUGGGAAGAUGCAUUUCUGGAUGCUGUGAUGUUGGAGAGAGAAGGCAUGGGAAUGGACCAGGGACCACAGGAAAUGAUUGACAGAUACUUGUCAUUAGGGGAUCAUGAACGGAAACGUCUGGAAGAUGAUGAGGAUAAGUUGCUAGCUACACUCCUGCAUAACAUGGUUGCUUACAUGGUUAUAAUGAAGGUAAGCAAGAAUGACAUCAGGAAAAAAGUGCGUCGAUUGAUGGGCAAAUCACACAUUGGCUUACUUCACAGUCAGGAAAUCAACGAACUGUUAGACAGACUUAACCAACUGAAUGUACGAGAACUUCAAAUAUGGCCUAGUGGUAGCCGUCAUAUUAAGAAACAGACCUUUGUGGUGCAUGCUGGGACUGAUACCACAGGAGACAUAUUUUUCAUGGAGGUGUGUGAUGACUGCAUUAUUCUACGGAGUAACAUAGGCACAGUCUAUGAACGAUGGUGGUACGAGAAGCUCAUCAAUAUGACCUACUGUCCAAAAACCAAGGUGCUGUGCCUGUGGAGGAGGAAUGGUCAGGAGACACAGCUCAACAAAUUCUACACCAAAAAGUGUCGGGAGUUGUAUUACUGCGUGAAAGACAGCAUGGAGAGAGCAGCAGCUCGGCAGCAGAGCAUCAAGCCAGGACCUGAGUUGGGUGGAGAAUUCCCAGUUCAGGACAUGAAGUCUGGAGAAGGAGGGCUACUUCAAGUUACACUGGAAGGCAUUAACCUCAAAUUCAUGCAUAGUCAGGAGCGGAAGGUUUUCAUAGAGCUGAAUCACAUUAAAAAGUGCAAUACAGUGAAAGGAGUCUUUAUCCUGGAAGAAUUUGUUCCUGAAACUAAAGAAGUGGUGAUCCGCAAGUACAAGACUCCAAUGGCCCAUGAGAUCUGCUACUCAGUAUUGUGUCUCUUCUCCUAUGUGGCAGCAGUCCGAGGAAAGGAAGCAGAGAACAAAAACAAGGCAGUUUCACCCCGACCUGCCACUGUCAGCUGAUUUUGUCCUUCUUCCCAAAGUGUACUGUGGCAGCCUGGCUCCUGAUUUGCCAGUUUUCUGUUUCCAUUCACUGUGUUCUGUUGUACAUAAUAAUUGGCUAUUUCCUGAGACUGUAACUGUGUGCGUGUCUUGUACUGCUGUUUCUUCAUCAGAUAGCUGUAAUGUAUUUUAUUUUUUUAAUGUGAGUUUCUAAACACAUUGUACCAGCUGUGCUUGGUAAUGUGUGAGCUCUGUGCAUUCAGAAAAAAUUAAAAAAAAAAUAAUAUAUAUAAAUCUAUAAUACAUAUAAUAUAUUCCUGUAAUUGCAUCCAAAGGCCUUUGGGAGGCACAUGUCUAUCCUCAUCUCUUCUUACCAACACUGUGCUGUUUUAUCCAGUGUAGUUAGUAAAGUAGGGUGGGGUGGGAGAAAUUAUAAAAUAAUGUAGUGGAAAAUCAUGCAGUGCAAUAAGGCUGAAUAAGGAAUUUAACAAUAAUAUGUAUAGACCUUCCCCUUUACAUUCCAUAUGAUCCCUUUUUAGAUUCAUUCCUCUCCGUUUUUGGGUGGUAGAACGCAGAGUGAGAUGCACAAAACUUUUUAACAAUAAUGUUCUAGAACUGUAGAGCAUGCCACAGGGAUGCUGGCAAACACUUUCUGCAUCUUGUAUAUAACAAUGAAUUCUGCAGUGCUGUCAGGCCUUGAUUCAUGGAAUGAUACUAUUUGUCACGUUUUGUUAAUUACUGGAAUACUGCACCUAGCUAGGAAUGGUGAUCUGCAUGACCUUAUUCCUGCACAUGUAUGUAAGAAACCAACAGUCCAUCAUGGUGGAUCUUAAGAUGGAGGGGAUGGACAUACAUUUUGCACUUUGUUUCCCACAAGUAGCACAAGUAAUGAUAUUCCAGUCGUCUGCCUUAUUGCUACCUUAUUCCGUAUUACAAGGUGUUUUUCUUAAGGUGGUAUUACAGAAAUAUGCACGUAAUUAGUUGCAGUGACUGGUAAUGUAAAGGCCAAGGCAAAGCAUGGCUUUAUGCAGUCAGUUCAGACUUUGUGUACCAUGGUUAAUUUUUAAUGUUACCUUUAAUAUUUUUUUUUUUAACUUUAUCUCUGUCAACCAAAUAGCCAGAUGUUAACAAAUGACAUAAACACUGUAAACAGCACCCCAUCAAAUUGUGCUUUUGUAUUUUACAAACUUAACACAGUGAGAUUUCUUCGUUCAUCUGGUCUGCAUCAAAACCCAGAAACUAAAGAAUUUCUGAAUGUAAAUAUUUUUGGAGGCAAGUGCAACAUCAGGAACAUGAUACAACUGCUCUUAAAAAAAAAAAAAAAAAAGUUGACUACUGCAACAUUAAUUUUAAGAGUUUGCAAACCUCUCUUGGCAUAUGACUUGAGGGUAAUAGUUUUCGCACAAUGUAUUUACUGUUUUCAGGUUUGCUUCUGUAGACCUUGCAGAAUAACUGGUGUAAAUAUUUCAGUAUUACUUAUAUUUAUAGAAACUGUACAGCUACUUCCAUGUAAUAAUUAAACCUUGUCUACCCUGUAAAACA